AUGAAAUCAACAUUCAAUUUGAAUGAUUAUUUAAACACAUUUACAUCUGUAUGGAAAUUAUUACAAGAAAAUUUAGUGAAUAAAUUAAAUGAAUUUUUAACAGCUGAAAAACAACAACAAAUUGAUGAAAGUUUAAAGAUAAUUAGUUAUGCUAUUUCAAUCAUUGGUUAUAUAAUGAUUACAAUCAUAAUGAUAUUGAUCACAUUAGUUUUAGUCUAUUGUAUUGUGUAUACAGUUGAUGCUUAUGACAGGAAGUUAUUUAUGCAUCAAACUAACUUAAAAUAUAAUUCAUACAAAUUAUUCACAUUACAAAUUCAAGGCAAAUUUCAUGAAAAAUUAUUUGCUCUCAAAUUAAAUCGUUCUUUAUAUUUACCUCAUCAUAUUUUAUUAUUACAUAAAACACAAUUAAAAUAUAUAACUAUUUCUGUCACGUUAAUUAGUAUUUUAUUAAGUUUCAUUCUUUCAACACUUUGUAUCUUAUUACCACUCAUAAUUUUAAUCGAUACAGAAGUAUGCCGAUAUUUAACUAGUGAUUCUGGUGUCCGGUUAACAGAUUUCACUAUCGACUUAUUCAUACAAUAUCAAUGGUCCAAUGGAAUUUUCACCAGAAAUUCUUCAAUAAUAUCACAAGAUUUAUGGAAUUAUAUUAAUUUACCCGCGCCAAGAUAUGUUUAUUCUACUAUACGUGAUCAAUGUCAACGUACAAUGUUCAAUAAUGUUGAAGAUAGUAAUCAUAGUAUGAUGAAUAAAACACAUCGUAAUUACAAUUUAUUAAAAUUGUUAAAUUAUCAUCAAAUUAUUGAUUUUAAUAAAAUUUUAAAUUCAUCAGAAAUUCAACAAAAAAUCAAAGAUGCAGAAACUUCAUCUGUCAAUGAAAUUAUUAAUAUGAAUCUAGCAAGCUUUAUACCAUCUGAUUUAGAUAGUUUAACAUUAAUAGCAAGAAAAUUGUCAAUUUAUUUGGAUGGAAAAAAUUAUACGCCAACAAUUCAAGAAAUCAAUCAUUUUAAAUCAUUCAAAGUUCAAUUAUUAAAUUAUAUCAAUGAAUUGAUCACAUUUACACAAUUCACUAGAAAUAAUUUUACAAAUUUCAUUGAUAUUAUUGAACAACUUAAUAAUUCAUUAAUCAUAUAUGAUCAAUUGAUUGUUAAAUUAAAUCCAUUGAUUGAUUCAUUUAAAAAAUUUGAAUCAAAUAAAAAUUUAACACAACGUCUUGAUCAAAUAUUGAAUGGUUUGAAUCAGUUUAAAAAUAUUUCUUCUGAUCCUAAAAAGUUAGAACAACCAAUUCGUCCAAUAUUUGAUUCAUCUAUUAAAUCUUUAUUAAAUCAAACAAAUCAAUUAUUGAAUAUUGAAUUUGAACAAUUAUUUGCCAAUAUAUUACCAUGUGAUAAUUUAAACAAAAUUCUACUAGCUGUGUUAAAUUUAUUUUGCAACAGAAAACAAAGUAUCAUAUUAUGUUUAGGAAGUUUUAUAUUGAUUAUUUGUAUAACAUAUUUUUUGCUAAUUGUUACACUGAUUAUAUUUAUUCUAUAUUCUAGGCAACAUAUUCAAUUGUCAAUGUUAACAAGAUGGGAAAAUAUUCCUUUGUAUGAUUCAGUUAAAUUAUGUUAUGCACUACUUGAAUAUCAUCAAUCAAUAAAAUAA